AGUGCCGAGCCGGCAGCCUCCCGCGCGCACCGCGCCGCCUCCGCGCAGUCCCUGCGCUCCCUCCCGCCCCGCGCCCGGCCCCGCCCCGCCCCGCCCCGCCGCGGCCGGUCCACUGCUCCCCGCGGGCCAGAGCCGGCCGAGCUGCUGCCCGCCGGGGCUCUGAACGGCGCGGCGGGGCCGGGAGCCAGGGACCCGCCGAGGAGAGUGGCGGCCCCGGACGGCUGCCGGAGGGGCGGCCGCGCGUGGAUGCGGCGGGAGCUGGAAGCCUCGAGCAGCCGGCGCCGUCUCUGCCCCGGGGCGCCUUAUGGCUUGAAGAGCCUGGCCACCCAGUGGCUCCGCUGCCCCGAUGGAUCCACUGAAUCUGUCCUGGUACGAUGACGAUCUGGAGAGGCAGAACUGGAGCCGACCCUUCAAUGGGUCGGAUGGGAAGGCGGACAGACCCCACUACAAUUACUACGCCACUCUGCUCACCCUGCUCAUCAUCGUCAUCGUCUUUGGCAACGUGCUGGUGUGCAUGGCCGUGUCCCGCGAGAAGGCGCUGCAGACCACCACCAACUACCUGAUCGUCAGCCUCGCGGUGGCCGACCUCCUCGUGGCCACACUGGUCAUGCCCUGGGUUGUCUACCUGGAGGUGGUGGGCGAGUGGAAAUUCAGCAGGAUUCACUGUGACAUCUUUGUCACUCUGGACGUCAUGAUGUGCACGGCGAGCAUCCUGAACUUGUGUGCCAUCAGCAUCGACAGGUACACAGCUGUGGCCAUGCCCAUGCUGUACAAUACGCGCUACAGCUCCAAGCGCCGGGUCACCGUCAUGAUCGCCAUCGUCUGGGUCCUGUCCUUCACCAUCUCCUGCCCACUCCUCUUCGGACUCAACAACACAGACCAGAAUGAGUGCAUCAUCGCCAACCCCGCCUUUGUGGUCUACUCCUCCAUCGUCUCCUUCUACGUGCCCUUCAUCGUCACCCUGCUGGUCUACAUCAAGAUCUACAUUGUCCUCCGCAGACGCCGCAAGCGAGUCAACACCAAGCGCAGCAGCCGAGCUUUCAGGGCCCACCUGAGGGCCCCACUAAAGGGCAACUGCACUCACCCUGAGGACAUGAAACUCUGCACCGUUAUCAUGAAGUCUAAUGGGAGUUUCCCAGUGAACAGGCGGAGAGUGGAAGCUGCCCGGCGAGCCCAGGAGCUGGAGAUGGAGAUGCUCUCUAGCACCAGCCCACCCGAGAGGACCCGCUACAGCCCCAUCCCGCCCAGCCACCACCAGCUGACUCUCCCCGACCCGUCCCACCACGGUCUCCACAGCACUACUGACAGCCCCGCCAAACCAGAGAAGAACGGGCAUGCCAGAAACCACCCCAGGAUUGCCAAGUUCUUUGAGAUCCAGACCAUGCCAAAUGGCAAAACCCGGACCUCCCUCAAGACCAUAAGUCGUAGGAAGCUCUCCCAGCAGAAGGAGAAGAAAGCCACUCAGAUGCUCGCCAUUGUUCUCGGCGUGUUCAUCAUCUGCUGGCUGCCCUUCUUCAUCACACACAUCCUGAACAUACACUGUGACUGCAACAUCCCGCCUGUCCUGUACAGCGCCUUCACGUGGCUGGGCUACGUCAACAGCGCCGUGAACCCCAUCAUCUAUACCACCUUCAAUAUUGAGUUCCGCAAGGCCUUCCUGAAGAUCCUCCACUGCUGACUCUGCUGCCUGCCCGCACAGCAGCCUGCUUCCCACCUCCCUGCCCAGGCCGGCCGGCCUCACCCCUGUGAACUGCGGGCAGGAAGGCCCAGGUGGAUCAGCCUCCUCUUCACUUUGGCAGGUCCUGCAGUGUUCGCUUGGCUCCGUGCCCCUCACUGCCUGCACACCCUCACUCUGCCAGGGCAGUGCUAGUGAGCUGGGCAUGGUACCAGCCCUGGGGCUGGACCCCCCAGCUCAGGGGCAGCUCACAGAGUCCCCCCUCUCGCCUCCAGGCCCCCUAUCCUUGGCACCAAAGAUGCAGCCACCUUCCUUGACCUUCCUCUGGGGCUCUGGGGUUGCUGGGGUCAGAGUCAGGGCCCAGAGGCUGAGUUUUCUCUGUCUGUGGGGCUUGACCUGGAGCAGGCAGUGGGGAGAGAUGGACAGUUCACACCCUGCAAGGCCCACAGGAGGGAAGCAAGCUCUGUUGCUGAGGAGCCAGGCAACUUCAGUCCUGGGAGACCCAUGUAAAUACCAGACUGCAGGAUGGUCCCCAGAGAUUCCCAAGCCAAAAUCCUCAGCUCCCUCCCGCACCCUGAUGUGGACCUCUACUUCCCAGGUGGGUCCUGACCUGCCUCACCCUGUUACAGCCCCCAAAUGGUUUCCACCUGCUCUGAGAAGAGGAACCCUCAUCUUGAAGGGCCCAGGAGGGUCUGUGGGGAGAGGAACUCCUUGCCCUAGCCCACCCUGCCACCUUUGGACGGCCCUGCAAUGCAUCCCUUCUCACAGCACAUGCUGGCCAGCCUGGGGUCUGGCGGGGAGGUCAGGCCUUGGAACUCUAUCUGGGCCUGGGCUGGGAGACAUCAAAGUUUCUUUGAGGGGCCGCCUCUGCCACAGUCUGAUGCAAAAUCACUUUCCUUUUCUAUUCCUUCUGGCCUUUUAUCUCUCCUGUUUCCCUUCCCUUCCACUGCCUCUGCCUUAGAGGAGCCCAUGGCUAAGAGGCUGCUGAAAACCAUUUGGCCUUGCCUGGCCCUGCCCUGAGGGAGGAGGGGAAGCUGCAGCUUGGGAGAGCCCCUGGGCCCCAGACUCUGUAACAUCACUAUCCGUGCACCAAACUAAUAAAACUUUGACAAGAGUCACCUUCCAGGACCCCUGGGUAGAAAGGAGCAGCGCCACCUCCAUUCUUGGCAUUUUAGGGUAGCGAGACCCCUGUGUCUGCAGGGCCUAACCCAAGGAAGCCAGGUCACCGCCACUGCUCACCUCCCCUGUGGCAGCUCCUGCUUCCACUGAAGGAUCCAUCCUUUGCCCUCUCCCCCACCAGGGUAGAGAAGGCUCUGUGGAAAAGGUGGCCUUGGAAGCACUGGCAUUGCCUGUGUCUGCCGUGUCCCUUGCCCUGUCUUUGGUUGCAUGCCAGGAUCGCCUUCCUCUGGGGCAGGCUGGGGGAAGCAGGGAACGCCCUGACCACCGCGGCCUGGACAGUUCUCCCUCCUCUCAGCCUCCAGGCCGGUCCCUAGCUCCAAGCCUUCUGGGCCACAGCUUGGCACUGCCCUGACAACGGAAAUGUUGCUUUCUACAAAUGAAGCGUAAAUCCACCCAGUGAGGGAGGAAUAUUCUUACCACCUUGAGAAUAACCACGGUGAUGACAAACAAGGGGCUGGCACCCACGGGCUCAGGCUCUGGGGAGCUGUCAGGGCGUAAUUUGCAUGCUAAAUACAGUAUUUUUAGCACCAAA